AUGCCCUACAACACCAACGCCAUCCCUCCUCGAAAGGAGCCCACCGGUCAAACCCAACUCCCAUUAUCAAGAGUCAAGAAAAUCAUCAGCCAAGACCCAGACGUCCAAAUGUGCUCCAACAACGCCGCCUUUGUCAUCACCCUAGCAGCCGAAAUGUUCAUCCAGCAUCUCGCCGAGGAAGCCCACACCCAAGCAAAACUAGAACGCAAACCUCGCCGCAACAUCCAGUACAAAGACGUCGCCAACGCAAUCUCACACCGCGACAACCUCGAGUUCCUAGAAGACGUCGCCCCCAAAACCGUCACCCUCAAAAAGGCAAAGGCCAUCAACCAAGCCCGCCUCCGCGGCGAGCCUCUGCCUGACGCUCCCCCCCGCGCCGCGACAAACGGAGCAAAGCCCAAGAAGGCCGCCGUCAACGGCCAGCCAAAGGCCGGGACUAACCCCUUCACCCUGUCUCUUCGCGGUGAGGAGAGGGAGAAGAAGGACGCGGGGGAUGACCCUAGCGAUCAGCUUGAGCUGGAGAUGAGGCAGGCGGCGCAGCCUGAGGAGGAUGCCGAUGUUGACAUGACGGGUUAG